AGUAAAAAGUGAAGGAUUAUUUUGUGUGUUUAAAGGCAUUGUAAAGAGUUCGGAUGCAAGAAGCAAAAAGGCUUGCUUCUAUGUGGAAUGGAUAAAGAAAUAAACUAAUAAUAAUACGUGUCUAAUCAAUUUAUGCUUAUUUGGACAUUUUUCUGCACUUCCCAUAUGCUCCAUUCCCGAAUUAAGCAACUGCCAUGAAUACAUAAUGCAUUUGAGGCGCUUCACCCGCUUGCUCGCUAGUGACAAAAGCGGGCGGCUAAUUCAAAUGACGGGACCACGACUCGGGGCUCUAGCCCCCGACUCUGCUCGUCAGAUAACUGCAUUCUCCAAAUGUUGCAAAAGGAUGCAAGCUCCUCUGCCCGCCAGCUGGGCAACAUCUUUGUUCGCCUUCCGUUGCCGUUGCCAGUCGGCCGGAAAGUAAUUAAAAUCUGCGCUUAAGUGCAGGCUCUUUAAAACAAUGCGUCAGCAAGGGACUGAGGGGCUGAGAUGCUGAGAGUCUGAGGCCUGACAACAAAAGUGUUGAAAAAGCUACUGAAAUAUGCGAAAUGAAAUAUUUAAUAGGCCUAUAACAAGCGCUUUGCAAGCGGUCUGAACCAAAGGAGAUUGGGUAAGUUUUCCGGCUCCAUCUGUCGUCUGAAAUGCGUACAAAUCUGUGCAUCCUAGUUGAUAAAUCAUAGCAUAUCCUUUUUAAAAACGACUAGCGCCAUCUGGCGCAAUGCUCAAACUGUUCCCAAGCACAUCGCAAGCGCGAGACAUCGCUCUGGGAACAGUUGCUCCAGGAACAUAGCACACAGUUAGCAGGGGUUAAAUCAUUAAACAUUGCAGCGAUGUUAACAUCGCACAUUUGAGUUACGCUCAAACAGGAUGCACUCACGCUCAAUUACCCCUUCGAAAAUUAUACUCCACUCACAAAACUACUCGCAGGAGCUGCGCUGAGUCAAAGAGCGACGGAUCUGAGUAAAUUGUGAAUGACUUUGAGUGCUUUGCAAUUGAAUUCGGGCCGAGCGUUGCGUACGUCUGCUGUGCUAAUUAUGAAGGCGUGCAUUGAAAUAUACGACAUGAGUAUCUUUUGCCUUAACAAUUUGUUGGAGGUGAGCAGGCGAUGGCUUGUCACAUGCCCCUUGCUGGUGUAUUAAAUAAUGCAAACAGCAAAACUUUUAAUACACCCAAACCAAAAAACUGUAGCCAAAAGAAUGCAAACCAUUUUUCAAUAUGUUUCUAGCAUUUGUACAACACAAUCGAAAAACUUUUCACCUUGCCACACGCAGCUGCAGGCAAAAGUUUUUCCAAACAAAAAAUAUCUCUUCAAUGCUGCAAAUGAGCAAAAAAAUAAAAAAAAAAACAGUAGAUGAGGAGGUGGGUAGAUGGUCACAAAACUGUGAAAAUUGAAACGAAAAUUACCCAUUGUGGCAGCAGCAUUUCAAUUUGAGUUGCCAUUUUGCACGUGCCUUGCGCCCGGUGCUCAGCGCUCUGUGCUGCUAAUGGUCCAUGGCAAUCCCUCGUUUCUUGGCCGCCUGCUCUGAGCCAUUUAUAAAGCCGACUUUGCAUUUUAUUCAUGUCGUGCGACGUCAACGUUCGACUUUAUUAGUUAUUUUCUGCUCAAUUUGCGCUCAGGAGGCAGGAUAACAAGAAAAAUUAUUUUCAUUUCAUUCAACUUGAACACAUUUACCAUAAUGGAAAUAUGAAAACUAAAAAAAAAAGAAAAUAAUAAAAUCGGAGCUUGCCCUUCAGUUAGUUCGGUGCAGGCAAAUCCAUUCAUUGGCACUCGAGCGGGCCAAGUUCCAAUUUGGGACUCUAACUGGCUAUUCAUAAUUUCGUUUCGGCCUUGCAGUCUGGGCACGUACUACUAGACCUGGUUUCCAAACACGAGCUAAGGCAUUUCAGCUUUGUCAUGUAAUUCACGUAUAGAAACAUAUACGCAAACAAUGCGUAUGCUUAUACUCUAGAUUGUCAAAUUACCAUUAUGAAAAAUUUCAAAUGGAUGUGCAAAAUAGUCUCAUUCUCUGAAUAAUGAAUUAUGAAUUCUCAUUCUCUAUUCUCUGUAUGAUACGUUUUAUUCUUAAUGACGACCACAUCACAAUUUUGUUUGUACCAAUAAUACCAAGCGGAUAAAUUUGAUGUAUAAAUUAAGUCUGUUGUUUUAAAUUCUAUUUUUACUUUCGUGCUAAGUUUGUGCUACAAUACAUUUUACUUCAUUUCAGUCCAGUUAAUGGACUUCAUUUUUCUGAUCUCUUAUUAAUUUUAUGAUAACUCUUUUAUCAUCGUCGAACCAGCAGCUUAUCCCAAAGAUUUAAGUGUGGCUGAUCUUAAAGCUUUUCUAGUUAAUUAAACUGAACUCUAUGAAUUAACAGAAAAUAUAUUACGUUACACGCAAAUAUUCAUUGAACCAAUUCACCCAUCUGAAUUAUAACACAGGAAUUACAAUUAAUAGUAGUUGAUACAAAAUACCCUCUUAAUUAAAACCAUUCUCUGCGGCAACAACACAACAUUAAUAAUUGAUUUGCUUGACUUGAGAUUUCGUAUUUAAUACUAGUUUUAUUUUGAAUUUUGGACAAUUUUCAAGAGUGUUCAAGCGUCGUUGUUUUGUAAAGUUUAAUUAACUUGGCUUGCAAAUUUGUGUAUAGCAUUGAUUAACGGCCAGCAAUGGUCGCUGUGACUUAGGCCAACUAGUCAGUCAACUCUGACUAAAUUAUGGGAACUUUCCAGCUGUAAAACUUCACAGCUCCAACGGCUAAUUACAUGAAAAGUCUGCCGUUUAGUGGGGAAUACUUAUACAAGUUAAAAAGUUUACGCACAAUUAUCAACACUUGGCCCAGGCGACAUGAUGGGGCACAAAAAGUUGACAGCCACGCCCAGUUCAUUGCAGCUAAUCAGACUAUAUAAAUGUCAAGUUGCGACCAUAUCCCGUACAGUUAGAAAAAGCAUACCUAGAUCCUUACAACGAAGUGAACAGCACAAUGAGCGGCUCGUUGGUGGAGACUCCGCGCACCUUUGGCGACAUGAUGCGAAUGCCCGUGCGUUUCUACAAGACCAUUGGCGAGGACAUCUAUGCGCAUCGGUCCAGUAACCCGCUGAGAUCGCUGCUGCUCAAGAUCUACUUGUACGCGGGAUUCAUCAACUUCAAUUUGCUGGUCUGUGGCGAGUUGGUGUUCUUUUACAAAUCGAUUCAGGACUUCGAGACAGUGCGUUUGGCAAUUGCUGUAGCUCCCUGCAUUGGCUUCUCCCUGGUGGCGGACUGCAAGCAGUUGACCAUGGCGUUGUAUAAGAACACGCUGAUACGGCUGCUGGAUGACCUGGAGGAGAUGCACCCGAAGACGCUGGUGGCACAGAGGGCCUACAAACUGGCAGACUUUGAGCACACCAUGAAACGCGUCAUAAGCAUAUUCACAUUCCUUUGCCUGGCGUACACGACCACCUUCACUUUGUAUCCGGCCAUCAAGGCGACGGUCAAGUAUAAUUUCCUCGGCUACGAGACAUUCGAUCGUAAUUUUGGCUUUCUCAUCUGGUUUCCUUACGAUGCAACUACUAAAAACUGGGUUUAUUGGAUUACCUAUUGGGAUAUUGCGCAUGGAGCAUAUUUGGCCGGCACUGCCUUCCUCUGCGCAGAUCUUCUACUCGUCGUUGUCAUCACCCAACUCUGCAUGCACUUCAGCUACAUAGCCACACGUCUUGAAGCGCAUCCUUGCAAUCCAGAUGAGGACGCGGAGAAUGUGCGCUUUUUGGCAACCUUGAUCAAAUAUCAUGAUAAAUGCUUGACGCUCUGUGAACUCGUCGACAGCAUGUAUAGCUUCUCUUUGCUGCUCAACUUUCUGAUGGCCUCCAUGCAGAUCUGCUUCAUUGCGUUCCAAGUGACCGAGUCCACGAUUGAGGUAAUUCUGAUCUACUGCAUCUUCUUGAUGACAUCGAUGGUGCAGGUUUUCCUAGUGUGCUACUACGGCGAUGCUCUGAUAGCAGCAAGUCUGCGUGUGGGCGAUGCGGCCUACAAUCAGAACUGGUUUCAGUGCAGCAAAAGAUAUUGCAUAAUGCUCAAGAUGAUGAUUCUGCGCAGCCAGAAGCCAGCCAUGAUACGUCCACCCACAUUUCCGCCCAUUUCGCUGGUUACCUACAUGAAGGUGAUCAGCAUGUCGUAUCAGUUCUUUGCCCUGCUCAAAACUACCUAUUACAGGAACUAAGCUUUCAAGCUCUCACCUCUCUCUUUUGCCUCAGUGCCUCUGCGUUCCCUCCGCGCCUGCUGCUAGCCUAAUGAUGUCCGCGACACACUUUGAUAAUAUUUAAUUAAAAAUCGCAUUUAAAAUUAAUAAGUUAAAUUGAAACCAAUAGCGCCCGAACGAGCACAAAUGCAAAAUGUAAAAAAAAAGGAAAUAAAUAAAACACAUAGAAGAGCCCACGGAC